CUGCCAUGGCCCGGGAGAACGGCGAGAGCAGCUCCUCCUGGAAAAAGCAAGCUGAAGACAUCAAGAAAAUCUUCGAGUUUAAGGAGACCCUCGGAACCGGGGCAUUUUCCGAAGUGGUCUUAGCUGAAGAGAAGGCAACUGGAAAACUCUUUGCGGUGAAGUGUAUCCCCAAGAAGGCACUGAAGGGCAAAGAAAGCAGCAUAGAGAAUGAGAUUGCGGUCCUGAGAAAGAUUAAGCAUGAAAACAUUGUGGCCCUGGAAGACAUCUAUGAAAGCCCAAAUCACUUGUACUUGGUCAUGCAGCUUGUAUCUGGUGGAGAGCUGUUUGACCGGAUAGUGGAGAAGGGAUUUUACACAGAGAAAGAUGCCAGCACUCUGAUCCGCCAGGUCUUGGAUGCUGUCUACUAUCUCCAUAGAAUGGGCAUUGUCCACAGGGACCUCAAGCCUGAGAACCUAUUGUACUACAGUCAGGAUGAGGAGUCCAAAAUCAUGAUCAGUGACUUUGGAUUGUCCAAAAUGGAGGGCAAAGGAGACGUGAUGUCCACAGCCUGUGGGACCCCAGGCUAUGUCGCUCCCGAGGUCCUCGCACAGAAACCCUACAGCAAAGCUGUCGACUGCUGGUCCAUUGGGGUGAUUGCCUAUAUCUUGCUCUGCGGCUACCCUCCUUUCUAUGAUGAAAAUGACUCCAAGCUCUUUGAGCAGAUUCUCAAGGCGGAAUAUGAGUUCGACUCCCCCUACUGGGACGACAUCUCCGACUCCGCAAAAGACUUCAUUCGGAACCUGAUGGAGAAAGAUCCAAAUAAAAGAUACACAUGCGAGCAGGCAGCUCGGCACCCGUGGAUCGCUGGUGACACAGCCCUCAGCAAAAACAUCCACGAGUCGGUCAGCGCCCAGAUCCGGAAGAACUUCGCCAAAAGCAAGUGGAGACAAGCGUUUAAUGCCACGGCCGUCGUGAGACAUAUGAGAAAACUACAUCUUGGCAGCAGCCUGGACAGUUCAAAUGCAAGUGUUGCGAGCAGCCUCAGUCUGGCCAGCCAAAAAGAUUGUCUGGCGCCCUCCACGCUCUGUAGUUUCAUGUCCUCUUCAUCAGGGGUCGCAGGAAUGGGAGCGGAUCGGAGACCGAGGCCCACCACUGUGACGACAGUGCACUCUGGAAGCAAGUGACCGGCCCUACAGGUGGGGCCCAGGGGGUGAGGCCAGGGAAGGGGGCCCCCAGGGGCCCCCAGCACCACCAGCCACUCCAGAGCGAUCCCACCUUGCACGGUGCGCCUCCCUGCACAGGACUGGAAGACAGAAGUUUUUUACCGCCAUAUUUUAUACUGCAAUUCUGAAGUGUUCAUUUCUCACAAAGUGUACUGGCUCAAGGGAGCGGAUUUGAUAGGAUCUGGUGCUGUACAUACGAGUCUCGCAAAGCCCUAACAGAAUGGACUUUCUCAGUUCCUCUCCCUCAGCCCUGUCGUUUCCGAUCUUCUCAGUAGAGGUAA